AUGAAGCUAUUACGUGCUGCUGUCGUAGCAUGCAACUUGAUACCAUCCGUUGUUGUUGGAAUCUCUAUUAAAACCACUCUAAAUUUCCCAGAAACCCAAGCGCGGGUAGACGCACUCAUGGCCGAAGUUCAGGCUCACGAGAGGUUACAGGCUGAAGUUAUUGCACAAGCAGAGGCAGAGGCUCACCGCGUGGACGCUAUGAUUGGAGCAGAGAUUGCAGAUGCGCUUAUAAAGGCGAGCCAAAAUGGAGGAAGCAUUGUUGAAUUGAGUGACGAGCACUCUGUGCGAUACUACCCCCCUGUACGAGCACAAGAAGAAUCCAUGGAUGAAGAGAAAAGCAAAAAAGAGGAAGAAGCGUACAGUGAAGAAGAUAAAACCCGACCGGUGAAAUUGCCCCAAGAAUACUUUGCCAACGAGGACGAGGAUAGAAAUUUAAAUGAUGCUGUGCUCAAUAAUAAACAAGCUAUGGAAACGUUGGAAAAACUAAAACAGGAAUACUCUGAUGACUCAUUUGAUGAAGAAAUGAAGAAGUAUAUUGCUGAACAACGUGCUGCAGCAGAAUUUAAAGAAGAACAUGAGUCCAACGUAACGGCCAUGGGAGUUUUGGAUGACCACGCACACCGGUUUAAUAUUGACCACAAGACACUUGUUUUUUUGGCCCGCAUGGCCAAGUAUACACAAAUUUCUUACUGUGUGGAAUCAUUAGAAGAUAUUGAGUAUCCUUUCAUUUGCCGCAUUGGGUGUACGCAAUUCCCUACAACCACGCUACUAAUUCAAUGGUAUGAGCACGGUAUUUUUGGACGACCUAUUGCCGGGUACAUGGCAGUUGAUGAUAAGCGUAAAGAGCUGGUAGUAAUGUUUCGUGGAGCCAUUUUCCCCUCAGAUAUUGCAAACAGCUGGAACCUCAGACAAACGCCGUUUGUGCCAGCUCAUUACACCAUCCAGCCGACCCAAUGGCGAGCCAAAUGGGCUGCCAAAUGCAAGGACUGUAAAGUGCAAACCAGCUUGUACCGUGCAUAUCUCAAAACUAUGGGCUACAUUUCGGGUCCACUUCACGACGCAAGGGCCGCAUACCCUGGCUACCGGAUAGUAAUUGGGGGUCACAAUGUUGGUGGAAUGAUGGCUGCACUAGCUGGGGUUGAUUUAAAGAUGCAAGGAUUUGAUGUUACAGUUGUUACAUUUGGAGCAAGCAAGUAUGGGAAUGCAGCCAUGACGCAGUUUGUGGAAGAGUUGUUUGGACUGGACGUUACGGCUACCUUGGACAUGUUUUCUCUUGACAAGAAUCGGUUUUACCGGGUCACACGUCGCGAAGACCCUUUCACCCACUGGCCCUACAUGCGUUCAUACACACAUACUAAGGGAGAGGUGUAUAUUUCAGAUGAGCUUAAUCCAAUGCCUGGAACGGAUGUGACCUUUUUCUGUUUGGGAAGUAACUCCAAGUUUUGCUCAUAUGGCGAUCGCGUGGAUUUUGAGACUUUGUUGCUGGCUUUGGAUGCUCACUAUUAUUACUUUGUCCAGUUUGCUGGGUGUGCGACAUUGCACUCUUAUUUGCCUAUUUAUCAGUUGAUGCCUCCUGCUCAUGAAGAUGAUCCUUAUUGA